AAUCCGAAUGACUAAUAUUCGUAUAACUCCUGGUGAACUUGUUGUAACAGGUACUAUUGUACCAGAACUUCACUAUGGUCCAUACUUACGCGAUUGGUGGAUCUUUUCUAAAGACAGUCAAAAUGUAUCAUAUGCGAUUCCAUUACGUCUAGGACUUGAAAUUAUGAUACAGCUUAAUAAAAGAUCUUUUAUUAUUCGCGUGGUUCGUUAUAUACAUAGUCACUUACAGCCUGGUUAUAUAUGCGAAGGUGAUGGGCAAAGUAGUGGUAUUGUUACGAGUUCUUCUAUGGCAAUUACAUCUGUUUACCAAGCCGUUUUUGGCACUAAAGCAAAAUUUGCAGGUCUUUCAUAUUUAGGUUUAGAACAACCCAAAACAUCUCAAAAAUUAUUAGAAGGUGUUGUUUUUUAUCCAUUUAUUAUUGAAAUAGAAAAUUUAUCUAUUUUUGUUGGUUCUCUUGGUAAAAUUACACAUCCCAAUCAAAAAACGAUUGGUUACAAUUAUACAUCUUCAUUAUUUUAUAAGUACAAAGCAAAGCAAUCGGUUUUUUUUCAAAGUAUAAAAAAUGAUAGUUUAUACUCAAUUGAAAUUUAUCAAAAUAGUCAAAUUAUAGCAAAGUUUAAUGAAAAUUCGCCCAAUGCUGUUUGGCAUAAAACUGGUGUGCUAAAAUCUAUUUCGGGGGACACUUUAUUUGGUGUAAACCACCCACUAACCUUACAAAAACUCGAUCAAACAAAAUUUUCCCAUCAAAAAUUAAUGCCUGACAAAUGUACAUUAGCAGAUUGGGACAACAAAAUGAUUAUGGAACAUUUCUUUGACUUACACUUAAAAAAAGCGGUUGGUAAAUCCAUUGAAGAAUGGCAUCGGGUAUUUCAAAUUUGGAAGCAACAAAAAAGCAAUGUAAUUGAAUUACAUACCCACCUUAAUAAAGUAUACGGUUUGGAUCAUGAACUUCGGGAACGUGAAGCACGAGCAUGGCGAGCGAUUUUUUGUGCAGUAGGAUGCACAAAUAUUACUCCAUAUAACAAACAAAUCUCUAAGAAUCUAAGCGGAACAUCUAUAGCGCAUAUAGAACCAAAUCGUAACAAAAUGGUAGAUGAAUCAAUAUUAUUAAUGGAUCAAGACAAUGUAGAAAUAAGAGCUGAUGUCAAUAAAAAAAAAUUCAAAACUAUACCCGGCAUUUCUAAAUGGUUUGAGUGGUCCUGGCCCAUAACGGGUCAAUUUGCAGGAUAUAUUCGUGCUCGUUCCCUUCCUCACAUAGGUGUGUGGACUGAUUUCCGACCUGAACAAAUUGCUACCUUCUAUAACAGACCAUCGCCGAUAUUUUCUGAGCCGUCUAAACCCAAAACCGCUUGGACAAUGCCAAUUCAUAAAAGAACAGGCAAGAAUGCUCAUGUGUUAUAUUUAAUUGGCAAAAAAAAUGGUUUUUUUUUAGCGGGAAAUUUGAAAGCAGAAGAUCGUUACUCACCUGAAGGCAUGCAUGCCAGCUUAGAGGACUUAGCCGCAAAUGGAGAACUUACUUUUGAGGAAAUACCAUCAGUGAAAACUAUAAAAGGUUGGAUAGGAAGAUACAGUGCAAAUUUCAAAAAAGAAGCGUCAGAAAACGCACUGUUAAAGAAUAGUGAUCAUACCGAAACGACUAAUAAAC